GGGUCAGCCUCCUCAUUUCACCAUCUUCCUAAAGUCUCUUUCCCAACUGGCCAAGAUGACUAACAGGAAGGAGCCACCCUUCUUCAAUGACGACAGCAUGGGAACCUUUCAGUAUAAGCUUCCUUUUUACGACACUAUGGAGCUUUUCAUAGAGACCCUGACAGGGACUUGUUUUGAGCUGCGCGUGUUGCCUUUUGAAGCUGUCAUUUCAGUCAAAGCAAAGAUCCAGAGGCUGGAAGGUAUCCCUGUUGCCCAGCAGCAUCUUAUCUGGAACAACGUAGAGUUGGAUGACGAUCACUGUCUACAUGACUAUGGCAUUGCUGAGGGCUGCACGUUGAAACUUGUCUUAGCCAUGAGGGGAGGCCCAAUUAACACCAGAAGGGUAACUUUGGAGGAUCCUAUCAAGGAAGUGGCUGAACUUAUGGAGAGCACAAAAGAGGACAGUUGGGAGAAAAAUCUGACAAACAAGCAGGUCACUUUCGUGGUGUAUCGUGAGGGUGACCAGUUAAACUUCUUUCGAGUGGUUGAUAGGGGAGAUGGUACAAUGACCCCUUUAUCUGAGUCCUUAAGCGGUGGCUCAGUGCACAAUGCGCAUACAGAGGAGGAUGGAGAGAGUUCUGCAGCUGCACAGCAGAACCUUGAGAACUCUAUUACCAUGACCAAAAUGAAGCUGCUCAAAGCCAAGAUGGAAGAUAUGAAUCUCAACAAAAAGAAGACUGCAAAGGUAAAGCCGCGAGCUCCUAUUGGCCCCCAUCCCAGUGGCAGCUUCUUUGGGCCUUCCAGCACACGGCACCAUCACCGCCUCUUUCGCUCCCUCUCACAGAUCAACCAGCCUUGGCAGACAAGUGCUCCACUACCUCCAAUUGUAGACAAUGAAUCUAUAGAUCCCUCUCCUCCCCCCACAGCUUCGACCUCUUCUCAUUUCACAAUCCCUAGACGGUCGCCUCCUUCUUUCUUGUCGCCUUCUUGCUACAUGCUGCAGGAGGAGGAACCAUGGGAGACGUACUCAUCCUUUGCAAAAAUCCUUCCUCCUCCCAAAGUGUCUCGAAUGGACUUGGGCAGCAAGUUGAUGAGAGACUGCGUUUAUCCUCAGCUUCCACCACUGUGCAGCAGGGCCCCACCUGAACCCCCCUUUGACACAGCGGAGCCUUCAAGGGAGCUGGUCAGGCUGGGUUUAUUAGAGGAGCCUGUAGGGCUUGUGGCACCGACACAGCCUGGUGCAUCAUUCGGGGACUUGUCAGACCCUCUAAGACUUGAUGUUUCUAUCCAGCAUGAGGGGGGUUGUCAACCCAUUGAUGUCGGGACUCCGCACCAGCUGCCACACUCCCCCUCUCCAAUAAGUCCCUGGACACUUGGCACAAGUGAUGCACUCACCAGCAGAACUAAUGAAACACAGCUUGGCACAUCGGUGCAUAUCAGCCCUCCUUCUCCAUUAACGGCCUCCACCUCCCCAUCAGCUUCAACCAGACUGCUGUCUCAGCCUUUUGAUUCCCCACUUUUACUGUCUAACCUACAAGCACAAUCCUCAGUAAAGCCUGGCAGCACACCCCCUCAUCCACCAGCCUCCAUGUCAUCUCAUCCGCCACGCCGUCGCGGUGUUAAAGUAGAGUCACCGGGUAAACGACCAGAACUCAUUUCUAAGAGAGAAGCAAGAGGCAUCACCAAAAUUGCAAACCAGGCCUGUAAAGAGCCACUGGGGUCUCUGAACAACGCUGAGCUCUUGGCUUCUCUCUCCACAAGAGCUCCAGACAACAGCCUUGGAGAGAGUCUGGGAUUUGCACUGACUUUGCCUCCUGCUGCCUCAGGACAGGGCAGCCUUGGCUCCAGGCUGCCAUCCAUUUCUCCUAAUAAAUUUCUUCAGGAUGAUCCCAUUCGACAAAUGUCACCGUUGCGCCGAGCAGUAUCAUCUUACAGGACCAGCAACUGUCUUGUGUCGUCUGGGGGAGUCACGACGUCUUCAUUUGGGGCUAUAGGCACUCCAACGUACCACUUACCUCCAGUCAAAGCCCCCACUGGCACCAAGAAAAAGAGCUCCAAGCACUGCUUCCAUUGUGGUAAAAAGACUGGGCUGGCCACCAGCUACGAAUGCAGAUGUGGUCACAACUUCUGUGCCGCCCACCGUUACGCUGAGACUCACGACUGCACUUACGACUACAAGACUGCUGGACGGCGGUUUCUGCACGAGACCAACCCUCUUAUCAGCGCUCCGAAGCUGCCUAAGAUCUAGACCCAACAACCCUCGCUGGUCACACGGGGCAAACUGGGAACAAUGACAAGUCCAACUAACCCGAUGGAAAUAAGGUUCUGACACCACUGUGUCCUUUUUCUGAGAGAAU